GCCUCUGAUUGCUCGCUGUCCACGUCAAUCGCGGGGCGCGUGUCUUGCUGGGACACAGUGGAGGUCUAGCCUUUGGUUUUCUGAGCGGUAGGGUGUAUUCUCCGUACAUCCCACACCCUCGAGGCCCCUGCCGCCCGACCCAAAGGUGGAGCCGAGCAGCGCCUCUCGUGGCACCUUCCAGCACCGGAUCGCUCCUCUCUGGGGCGGGACGCGGCCUCACGGCUCAGGUCACUAUGAGUGAAACAUCUUUCAACCUAAUAUCAGAAAAAUGUGACAUUCUAUCGAUUCUUCGGGAUCAUCCUGAAAACAGAAUUUAUCAGAGGAAAAUCCAGGAACUCAGCAAAAGAUUCACUGCAAUCCGCAAGACCAGAGGGGAUGGCAACUGCUUCUACCGGGCCUUGGGCUAUUCCUACCUAGAGUCGCUGCUGGGCAAGAGUAGAGAGAUCCUCAAGUUCAAAGAGUGUGUGCUGCAGACCCCAAAUGACCUUUUGGCUGCUGGCUUUGAGGAGCACAAAUUCCAGAACUUCUUUAAUGCUUUUUACAGCGUGGUGGAGCUGGUAGAGAAGGAUGGCUCGGUGUCCAACCUGCUCAAAGUGUUCAACGACCAGAGCUUCUCAGACCGCAUCGUUCAGUUCUUGCGGCUGCUCACAUCCGCCUUCAUCCGGAACCGCGCCGACUUCUUCCGACACUUCGUCGAUGAGGAGGUGGAUAUCAAAGGCUUCUGCACUCAUGAAGUGGAGCCCAUGGCCAUGGAGUGUGACCACAUCCAGAUCACGGCCCUGUCCCAGGCACUGAACAUCGCCCUGCAGGUGGAGUACGUGGACGAGAUGGAUACUGCCCUGAACCACCAUGUGUUCCCUGAAGCUGCGAUCCCUUCUGUUUACCUGCUGUAUAAAACAUCCCACUAUAACAUCCUUUAUGCAGCUGAUAAACACUGAUUCAUUUUAGGCCAUGCAGUGGAACCUGUCACCCAACGGAACUGCAUUCUAAAUGGAACACUCCGGCUUUUCUAUCUUUUAAGCGAUUUAGGUUCUAACUAGAAAAUGUAUAGCUUUUCGGGCAAAGCCACUGGAAACAAGGCUUGCCCAUUACGGACUAUGGUAACUUGGUGAUAUUUUUAGUAUUUAUUUUGAUGGAGGGUCAAAUGCCUUCUAAUUCUGGGCCAAGAAGCCAGGAACCCUGGCUGUGCACCCCAGUUCCUUGUGAGACCCUGUGUGGGUCACCUACCUUCACUGGACCUGUUUCCUCACCAGGAGGAGGAUCCUGUUGUAUGAAAAUGGGAACCUCUGGUUUCUCCUCACCAAGGGCACUGCCCCUCCUCUGCAGGGGGAAGAAAGCUCAAGGCCAGUUGUCUUGAUGAGUGACAGCACUGUGAAGACAUCCAGCCCAGUUGUAUGUGGAGCUGGUCUUUGGGGGGUGUCUCCAUUCAUGAUGGGGGCGUCUUCCCGCCCCUCACUUGAGUCUUUUAUGCCAAAGUCCAGAAAAGGGCCUUUGCCUUCAGCAUGAAGAACGCUCAGGUUGCUGGGGCCCCCUCUACCUCUCAGGGCCAGAAGGGUCUGACUUCAGGGCUCUGCUACCUGCUGUCAGCCCCACCUGGAUAAAGGCUUGCAGAGACCACAGCCUGCACCAUGUGCUCAUGUUCCCUCAGCCCCGACAGAUCAGAGGCUGUGGUCUAGGCGCUCAGCUGGGGAGAAGCCUGUGCAGCCAUGGACUCUAGCUGAGCAGAGUAUCUUUUAGAAGGCUGUCUUGGCUUAUUCCUCCCUUUCCCUCCCUGCUCUUUGUGGCCUGGCAAGGGGAUAGGUGGCAAAGAGCAGAGACGAGCCAUGGAAAUUGACAGUGGGUGAGAUUUUCAUUGGUGACAACUGCCUGGCCAUGCUUCCUCAUUCAUCCACCUGCACGGGUCCCCUUCAAGAACCUCCUCACCUGCCUGGCCUGCGUGGGUUGGCAGCCAAGAUGGCCCUGAUGGGGGGUCCAACCAGACAAGGCCUGGGCUGAAGCGCUUCCAGCCACCUCUGUUUCCUCUGCAGGAGCAAAUGGAGAAUGUCAGGUGUGGACGCCCCUGGGGUCCCUUCUGUAACCAAAGGCCACCUUCUCACCAGUUUCAUUCUGCAGGGAUUUCUUAGAAUCUGUUGGUGCUAUGACAUAAGUCUGCACAGAACUGGGUAGCAGACUCCAAGUCUUAUUGACACAAAUCUACCUUGGUGAAAGCCAAUAGCACUGUCGGGGUGGUUUACUUCUAAGCAGGCACCCUGGUUCCCACACUGCCCUCAGCUGGCAUUUGGGCCCAAGGGCACCAGCUUUUCUACAGGGAUGUAAACCUGACCCUCACCUCGGAGUUUGUUCAGUAUCCCAUCCGGCUCUGGGCAGGAAGGUUGGAGUCUGGACUCAUCUCCAGGGAAUCCACUUCCAAAGUGAAGUGCAUGCACACACAGGGCGCUGACCGAUGCCCUCCCUGGGCCCUCUUGAGAGGUACCAAGGUAGGUCCUGGGCCCAACAGCAGGGCUCUGAAGCACCGAGGAGGUGAGACUGGCAGCCCUUCUCUGCAUCUGUGGCUGUGUGGGGUUCUCUGGUGGAGCUGCUCCCCUGCAGCAUUCCCACACAGGGCCACCUCCCGGAGAGGUGGCCGUUAAGGCCCUGCCACAGUUUCAUCCUCAUGCCCGCUGCUUUUCCCUUUUCACAAAACCACUGACCAAAUCCAAAUCCUGCCUUUAUUCCCUCCAUGUGUGCCUUCAGGCCCUGUACCUAAGGGAAGGCACUGUAGAGGAAGUGACAGGACCGAGGAGCUUGCUGAAUAAAACCAGGCGUUGUGCAGUUACCUGUGUCCACAGCCAGCUAUGCUGGUGCUGCCACUUCCUGGGUAACUCCCCACACCCUACAGACCCAACUCUGCAGACCGAAGGCUUUGAGGGCUCGUCUUUACAACUGUGUAUUUCUUUCCAAAGGAAACAAAGCACUGGAAAACAUUUAGCAACAGAAAGAGCAGUGUCCUUUCUUUGGUCUGGGUUCCUAUUUUAAGCACAACAAAAGGGCUCUGGAGCCAAAUACUCAGGUUCAAAUCUCAGCUUUGCCUUUCGCUGUGUGACCCUGGCUAAAUUACUUUGCCACUCCGAGCUCCAAUCACGUGUGGAACAGAGGCAUGCUACAGGCUUAUUGCUUCAAAUGGAGUGAGAUUAUGCAUGAAGACAACUGUAAUACCUGAUGGUAAGUGCUCUGCACAUGAAAUGCACCCCAACCCACCAUUCCUGACAGGUAGCAGUGCUGCCUCAUGCUGUGGGCCCCCAAAUGUGGGACCAUCAGGGGACCCAUGAGGCAGAGGGAGA